GUUUGGGGGUUUUGUUUGCAUCUUUACUUUUUUUUUUUUUCUAAAUGUCCUCUUGAAACUAAUUUCCUUUAACAAGCCAAAUGCAGGGAAGAGAAUAUUUAGAGUAAUCUAAUGCAUUAAGUUUAAACAAGUUGAAGCCAGUCUCUGCACUUGGACCUGUCUUUAUUUUGAAAGCAAUAGAAAUCAUUAGAUUCUCUGUGUGUGUGUGUGUGUGUGUGUGUGUGUGUGUGUGUGUGUGUGUGUGUGUGUGUGUGUGUGUUCCCUCUUGAGAUGGGAAAACAAGAAGAUUUCUCCUCCUCAGACAGGAGUCUACUGGGGCUGAGAGUGAGAGCCCCAGAGGGAGCAGGGCACUGAGAAGAGGGGCUUCCUAGAGCAUGGAUAGCAAAGGUGCUGGGAUUCUCCAGGGCUCAGCGCGCUCUGAGGAUCUGUGCCCGGGGCUGCAGCUGCGGACGAUAAAGGCGCUAGCCGGCUCAUGAAGGCCACCUGGAUCAGGCUUCUGAAAAGAGCCAAGGGAGGAAGGCUGAAGAAUUCGGACAUCUGUGGUUCGGCAGACUCCUACACCAGCCGCCCAUCCGAUUCAGAUGUGUCUUUGGAAGAGGACCGGGAGGCAGUACGUAGAGAAGCUGAGCGGCAGGCCCAGGCCCAGUUGGAAAAAGCAAAGACAAAACCUGUUGCGUUUGCAGUUCGGACCAAUGUCAGGUACAGCGCAGCCCAGGAGGAUGAUGUUCCGGUGCCAGGCAUGGCCAUCUCAUUCGAGGCAAAAGAUUUUCUGCAUGUUAAGGAAAAAUUUAAUAAUGACUGGUGGAUAGGACGAUUGGUGAAAGAAGGCUGUGAAAUCGGAUUUAUUCCAAGCCCAGUCAAACUAGAAAACAUGAGGCUACAGCAUGAACAGAGAGCCAAGCAAGGGAAAUUCUACUCCAGUAAAUCAGGAGGAAAUUCAUCAUCCAGUCUGGGUGACAUAGUACCUAGUUCCAGAAAAUCGACACCUCCAUCAUCUGCUAUAGACAUAGAUGCCACUGGCUUAGAUGCAGAAGAGAAUGAUAUUCCAGCAAACCACCGCUCCCCUAAGCCCAGUGCAAACAGUGUAACGUCACCCCACUCCAAAGAGAAAAGAAUGCCCUUCUUUAAGAAGACAGAGCACACUCCUCCUUAUGAUGUGGUACCUUCCAUGCGACCUGUGGUCCUAGUGGGCCCUUCUCUGAAGGGGUAUGAGGUUACAGAUAUGAUGCAAAAAGCACUGUUCGAUUUUUUAAAACACAGAUUUGAAGGGCGGAUAUCCAUCACAAGAGUCACUGCUGACAUCUCCCUCGCCAAACGCUCAGUGUUAAACAAUCCCAGUAAGCAUGCAAUAAUAGAGAGAUCCAACACAAGGUCAAGCUUAGCGGAAGUUCAGAGUGAAAUCGAAAGGAUUUUUGAACUUGCAAGAACACUACAAUUGGUAGUCCUUGAUGCAGAUACAAUUAAUCACCCAGCUCAACUCAGUAAGACCUCUUUGGCCCCUAUUAUAGUGUAUGUAAAGAUUUCUUCUCCUAAGGUUUUACAAAGGUUAAUAAAAUCUCGAGGGAAAUCUCAAGCAAAACACCUCAAUGUCCAGAUGGUAGCAGCUGAUAAACUGGCUCAGUGUCCUCCGCAGGAGUCAUUUGAUGUGAUCUUGGAUGAGAACCAGCUUGAGGAUGCUUGUGAGCAUCUGGCCGACUAUCUGGAGGCCUACUGGAAGGCCACCCACCCGCCCAGCAGUAACCUCCCCAACCCUCUCCUUAGCCGAACUUUAGCCACUUCAACUUUACCUAUGAGCCCCACCCUAGCCUCUAAUUCACAGGGUUCUCAAGGUGAUCAGAGGACUGAUCGCUCUGCUCCCCGGUCGGCUUCCCAAGCUGAAGAAGAACCUUGUCUGGAACCAGUCAAGAAAUCCCAACAUCGUUCUUCCUCCUCAGCCACACACCAAAACCACCGCAGUGGGACAGGUCGAGGCCUCUCUAGGCAAGAGACAUUUGACUCUGAAACCCAGGAGAGCCGAGACUCUGCCUAUGUGGAGCCAAAGGAAGACUAUUCCCAUGAACAUGUGGACCACUAUGCCCCACACCGUGAACAUAACCACAGAGACGAGACCCACAGCAGCAAUGGCCACAGGCACAGGGAGUCUCGCCACCGCUCUAGGGACGUGGGUCGCGAGCAGGACCACGAGUGCAACAAACAACGAAGCCGGCAUAAAUCUAAGGAUCGCUACUGUGACAAGGAAGGGGAAGUAAUAUCCAAGAGGAGGAACGAGGCUGGCGAGUGGAACAGAGACGUCUACAUCCGCCAAUGACCGUGUGUGUUCCUGCCCCCGAGUCUUGUGUAACAUCAUCCUUAAGCAAAAUCUUUGGGGGUUACAUUGCAACCAUCUGUGAUCUGUCUUGUAUAUUUUGUAUUGCUGUUGCUUGAAUAGCAAUAGCAUGCAAUCAAGUAUUAAUAUACAUUCUUUUGUAAGUACCACAUAAAUUGGCCUAGUCCAGCUGCAGUCCUCCACCUUUACCCUGGACUCUCCCAAAGCUGUUUGGGGUAGCUGCCACUUAACAGAGUGGCUUCUAAAAUGUAGUUAAUGUAUCCAGUGAGCCAGACGCAGCACAGAUGACCAGUGGAAUUUCUCCAGAUUUUUAAUACCCAGAUACCUGGCCUGUGUCAUUCUUUCAUGGACCACUGUUUCUUGCUUGUACCUCUGGCUGACUAAAUUUGGGGACAGAUUCAGUCUUGCCUUACACAAAGGGGAUUAUAAAGUUAGAAUCUAUUUUCUAUGUACUAGUACUGUGUACUGUAUAGACAGUUUGUAAAUGUUAUUUCUGCAAACACCUUAUUAUAAUUAUAUAUAUAUAAUAUAUAUAUAUAUCAGUUUGAUCACACUAUUUUAGGGUCUUAAUGCCAAGUCAGCAGAUUUGCUUUAUGAAUCACAGGGACUAGAAAUACCCACAUUCAGGAAAUUUCUAAUAAAAUUGUCUAGACACCUCUCCCCAUUCUAAAAGAGAGCCUGUACAUAUUGUAAAUACGUGUGAUUGCUUGACUUGAGGUUUGAUUUCUGAAUGUUAUCCCAUCCUUUGAAGUUUUUAAUUUUAACCAUAAAUUAUGGUAACUAUAACCAAACUCCAGAGGUUUUUCUACUCCAUACAGUCCACAACUGAUUGUGACAAACACGUUCUUAGCAGCUAGUGUCUGCUAUAGUCACUGCACUGGAGUAUCCAAGCCGAAGCCGCCGUGUGCACAUGAGUGUGAGUGUGUGAGUGACUGAGAUGAAGUGGAAUACAAAAGACUAACGCAGAAACUAGAGGCUGAUGGCUGAGAAUUCUGCUCACCUGGCUUAGUAUUUAACUGUGUUUUAUGUUGCUUUAAAAACCCAUGGAGCAGCCAGGGAAUGUGAAGAAGCUUGCUGCCAAAGGUAACCAGGGGAGCACUCAUCUGCUGCCUCUUGCUUUACUCCUGAGAAGAGAAAACACGGGCAUCUUGUACUGUGAGUGUUCCACUGGAAAUGUACAAUCUUGUGUGUCAGAGUAUUUUGUUUUAGUAAGAAAUGUUUACACAGCUUGUGCAAUUAUUUCGUAGGGAAAUAAAUUUUUAUAACUUAUCCCACUUCA